GCACAUCUUUGGCGCAGACCGCUGUCUAAUCUUUUUGCUUUAUGUAGGUUUGAAAGAGGACGACAGCGUUGUGUGAGUAAGGGAUAAGUCUUCGGGAUGAAGAUUUCAGAUCUCAGCAACGUACAAACCCCAUGAGACAUCUGGCACGAAUCCAUGGUUUGAUCGACUGCCAGCAGUCACUAAUGUCGAGGCCUUGGUAAUGAUUGCGAUGUGUAAUACUGCAUGAAAAUAUCAAGUCACGUCGAGUAUCUCGUCACCCUCUCUCUCCACUUCAUAAUAGCCACCCUCUCCCAGCUAGCCGCCAUCCAUCUAGGCUGCCCCUGCAUCCGUCCGUAUGUCAUGCAAUCACUCGGAAAAAUCGAUUGUAGAGGAAGAGAAGGUCCCAAUCGAAGAAGAGCUCAAGGAGGUUAACAUAGUCAAUUACCAACCUUUAAAUCUUCAGCUCGAUACUGGCGAUGAGUAUGUAUACUUUCGUCAAAAGUGGUGGCAGUUGUGGUUACCUAAGGACCCACCACUUCCAGCUCCCCCGUCUCUGGAGGAUGCACUGCUGACGCCUUUGGCCAAUGCUUCAUUUUUCUCUCAGCUCACUUACACCUGGAUGACCGAUAUAAUGGUUCUCGGAUAUCAGCGCACGCUGCAAGCGUCUGAUUUAUAUAAAAUGGACACAUCCCAAGAGUCAGCCGUACUUGCCACUAAACUAGAAGAUGCAUGGCAGCGGCGUGUCAAGGCAGCAGCCGACUGGAAUGCACGUCUUGAGAGUGGAGAGCUCAAUCCAUCCUUCAUCAAGCGUACCGGCUGGGCCUUACGUGCAAUUCCCUGUAGAGGUCAGAGACAAUGCGCGACCUGGUCUGAGCGAUGUGCUGCAUUUCAGAAACAUUGGCGAGAAUGCGAAGGACGGAAAGAGGCCAGCCUUGCUUGGGCUUUGAAUGAUGUCUUUCAUGGAAUGUUCUGGACCGGAGGUGUAUUCAAGGUCAUUUAUGAUAUGAGUCAACUCAUGGGUCCUCUCGUCCUUCGGCAAAUCGUCGUCUUUGCGGAGGAGCGUUCCGCUGCCAUCAUUGCCGGAGAACCUGUCCCCAAUGUCGGUCGCGGUAUCGCCAUGGCUAUUGGGCUCUUCGCAUUGACUGUGAUAGCAAGCGUCUGCAACCACCAGUUCUUCUGGCGUUCAAUGUUGACAGGCGUACUGGCUAGAGCUGCACUGAUAACAUGUAUUUACGAGCGUGGAGUGAACCUCACAGGCAAAGCGCGCGUCAAACUCAGCAACGCCGCACUCGUCAACCAUAUUUCCACGGACGUGAGCAGGAUCGACGCGUGCGCUCGCUUGUUUCAUGCAGCUUGGACUGCACCUAUCCAGGUCACAGUUUGUCUAACCAUUCUUCUAACUAUGCUGGGACCAUCUGCGCUCGCUGGUUUCUCGCUAUUCCUCUUCUUCAUCCCACUUCAAAGUCGAUUGAUGGCACUGCAGCGCCGUAUGCGCUUGGGAUCGAUGAAGUGGACUGAUCAACGAGCGAAAGUCCUGCUAGAAGUACUCAGCGCCAUGCGAGUGGUCAAGUAUUUCUGCUACGAGAUUCCCUUCCUUCAACGGAUCUUCGAGCUUCGAAAGCAGGAAUUGCGUAGUACCCGACGAAUUCUUCACUCAGGUUCGAUGCACCUGGCGCUCGCUAUGUCGCUCCCAGUUCUCGCUGCUACGCUAGCCUUUGUCACAUAUACCCUUAUAACGAAGGACUUCAACGUUGCCGUCAUCUUCUCCUCGCUGAGUCUGUUCCAGCUUCUCAAGAAACCAAUGAUGUACAUGCCCCAGGCACUAUCGUCUAUCCCUGACGCAUCCAGCGCGAUCCAGCGGCUCACGCAUAUAUUCCAUGCAGAGCUUAUUUCUGAAGAUGCACUUGUGAUCGACAAGGACCAAGAGCCGGCGCUUCUGGUGAAGGACGCGACGUUUGAGUGGGAGUCCUUUGGGAACGACUCCGAUGAAGCUUUCAGCUCGAAGAAGGGUGGAGGCGAUAGCAGUGGUAAGGACAAGAGCGCGAAGGAGGACAAGGCGAAGGAAAAAGAAAAAGAAACUCCUGGAAAAGACGCGUCGCUCUUUAGGGUCAAGAAUGUGACCAUGACCAUCCCACGAGGUCAACUCGUCGCUGUAGUUGGGCCUGUCGGAAGCGGAAAGUCUAGUUUGUUGCAGGGUUUGAUAGGGGAGAUGAGGAAGGUCUCUGGACAUGUUUCAUUUGGCGGUCGCGUUGGUUAUUGUCCGCAGACUGCAUGGAUCCAGAAUGCAACUUUGCGUGAUAAUAUCACUUUUGGCCAACCUUUCGAAGAAGAUAGAUAUUGGCGCAUUGUGGAGACCGCUUGUCUACUUCCGGAUCUCCAACUGCUCCCUGAUGGGGAUUUGACUGAAAUCGGAGAAAAGGGUAUCAAUCUCAGCGGUGGCCAGAAGCAAAGAGUUAACAUUGCUCGUGCCCUGUAUUUCGACCCUGAAAUUGUCAUACUUGAUGACCCACUCUCAGCAGUGGAUGCUCACGUCGGAAAGUCCUUAUUCCAAGAUGCCAUCUCGGGUGCCUUGUGCAAUCGCGGUGUUACCGUCAUUCUGGUGACGCAUGCGAUCCACUUCCUCUCGCAAGUAGAUUACAUUUAUACCAUGAACAACGGGGUCAUCACAGAGAGCGGGACCUACGAAGAAUUGAUCUCCCGCGGUGGAGAUUUUGCACGUUUAGACCUAGAGUUCGGCGGUCAUGGAUCUGAGGGGAAAGAUGAUGACCAGGCAGAGAAAGUGACUCCGCAGACAGGCGUUACUAUCGAGGAUGUCAAGUCGAAGUCAGAAAGAGCCAGAGACAAGGCCACUGGCAGUGGUAAACUCGAAGGUCGCUUGAUGAGCAAAGAGAAGCGGUCGACGGGCUCUGUGUCUUGGAGAGUGUACUUGACCUACUUGGUUGCGGGACGCGGUUUGAUAACAGGACCUCUGGUUCUUUUGUGCACCACCGCGAUGCAGGCGAGUCAGGUCAUGAACUCGUAUGUACUAGUUUGGUGGGAGAGCAACAAAUUCGACAGACCAAACUCAUUCUAUCAGACGCUGUAUGGUUGCCUCGGGGUUAGUCAAACGGUCUUCACAUUCUUGCUUGGUAUCACAAUGAACUUCAUCGCCUUUUACGUGUCUCAACACCUGCACUACAAGUCCGUACGCAAUGUAUUUUAUGCGCCCAUGUCCUUUUUCGACACUACGCCUACGGGCCGAAUCAUGAGCGUCUUUGGCAAAGAUAUUGAUAGUGUUGACAAUCAACUAGCAAGUGAGUCGUCUCAGGUCUGUCACCAUGGUGAGAUGUUACUCAUGCAUGUUCCAGGUGCAAUGAGAUUGGUUGCCAUUACGCUGUCCGAACUUAUGGGCUCUGUGAUCAUCGUUACUGUUCUUGAACCAUACUUUGUAAUUGCUCUUUUCUUCAUCGCGAUCGGUUUCAUCUACUUCGCUGCCUUUUAUCAAGCUAGUGCCCGGGAGGUCAAGCGCCUGGAUUCUCUCCUUCGCUCUAUUAUGUAUGCCCACUUUUCCGAGACCUUGACGGGACUUCCUACCAUCCGAAGCUACGGAGAAAUGAAGCGGUUCAUCACCGCCAAUAGAUACUACAUCGAUCUGGAGGAUAGAGCUCUAUCCCUCGUGGUUACAAACCAGAGAUGGCUUGCGAUCAGGUUGGAUUUGAUGGCAAGCAUGCUAAUCCUUGUUGUUGCUCUUCUCGCAGUGAGCGACGUCUCCGGGAUCAACGCCGCCCAGAUAGGGUUAGCACUCACGUAUGCCAUUUCGCUGGCACAAAUGUGCGGCGGCGUGAUAAGACAGACAGCAGACGUCGAGAACAACAUGAAUUCAGUAGAACGAGUGACACAGUACGUCGAUGAGGACGUGAUACCUCAAGAGGCACCGCAUGAGAUCGAAGAACGCAAGCCCCCGGCGCAAUGGCCUGAGCAUGGCGUCGUCGAAUUCAAUGACGUUAAGAUGGCAUAUAGACCGGGCCUCCCCGAAGUAUUGAAGGGCAUCUCGGUCAAUGUCAGGGGAGGCGAAAAGAUAGGUAUUGUUGGAAGGACUGGUGCUGGUAAAUCUUCGUUGAUGCUCGCGCUAUUCCGAAUUAUCGAGUUGUCCGGUGGUUCGAUCACUAUCGAUGGCAUCGAUAUAUCUACGAUUGGUCUUAAAGACCUUCGCUCCAAGAUUUCUAUCAUCCCACAAGAUGUUUGUUGGUUUUCCUUCGCUAAAGAGUCAACAGGGACCAUACGAUCCAAUCUGGAUCCGUUCUCCAAACACAAUGACGCGGAGCUAUGGGAUGCGCUGCAUCGAUCUUAUCUUGUUGACUCUGGCACCGACCCGAAUCAGUCAAUUCCCAGGAAUGGCAUCAGGGACGAGCAAACUUCCACCAGCCGCCAUCACCUUGACAGCCCCAUUGAGAGGGAGGGAGCAAAUCUCAGUGUUGGGGAGAGAUCUCUGCUCAGUCUAGCUCGUGCGCUGGUCAAAGACUCCAAAGUCGUCGUGCUUGACGAGGCCACAGCCUCUGUCGAUCUCGAGACCGAUAACAAGAUCCAGCACACUAUCCAGACGCAAUUCAAGGGCCGCACGCUCCUUUGUAUUGCCCACCGACUUCGGACUAUCAUUUCGUACGACCGCAUUCUGGUCGUCAACGCUGGCCUUGUCGCCGAAUUCGAUACUCCAUCUAAUCUUUUCAAAGUGGCGGGCGGAAUUUUCCGCGAAAUGUGCGAGAGGAGUAAUAUCUCCUUGAGAGAUAUAGAGAUGAGUAGAGAUUGAUUUCUUUUCAUGGUACAUAAGUACAACGUCAGUGAUUAGAUGACUCACCAUUGACGCGCCAUUCUACGUAUCCUCUAUCUUCUGUGGUUCAGUUGAAGAAACUAGUUCACAACGAUGAUGGCUCAACAUGUGAAUAGUGAACGUAGUGUGAAUACAUCCCUCUGGACCCCUCCUCGCGAAUCGCGAUCUGUAAGCUGAUGUUGUUCCACUGCGCCCUCAAGCUUUCCGUCAACUCUAGGCAGCGAUAAGUGUGCGUGCGAUCGCUGAACGAAACGAGGAAAGCUGGGAUGCUGACUGAUGAAGCACAUGAGCACUGAACAGCAAAUAGUGUAGUCUAGCUAUAGG